GCAAGGCAAAACAAUUACUAACAGUCAGAUUUUAUAUUAUUUAUGUCCUCUAAAACAAUACAGCAAAUAAAGUUAAUCUACAAGAAAAAACAUUUUUAAACCCUCUCAAUCAUGAGUUACAACAAGCCCAUAAAUAUAGGCUGGUUGUGUUCAAAAUGAACCGAUCGUUUAGCAAUUCCCCUUGACGUUGCUCGGCUGCUCCAGAUGUGAACGUGAUGUGAGUCUUUACAAGACUGAACUACAGCAGCGACCACGGGACUACACAAGAUGUCUGCUGAGCUCUACUGUGUGAGUGAACCAGGUGGAAAUAAUGCAAGUCUUCAAAGCACCACAGUGGGGGGCAGCAAACCUUUACACCGCUUCUUGAAGGGGCAACCCAAGAUUAUUGGCAUCAUCAUGCUGGUCAUGGGCUCGUCUUUCUUCACCGUUUCCAUAGCGAUCAUACCAGACUACUUUAGUUCAUUCAUAUGGACAGCCAUCCGGCCUGGCUUCUUGAUGGGAAUACUGUUCAUCAUAUCUGGGAUUGUGUAUAUUCUGACAGAGCACAGCCCAACAAAGAAAACAGUAACCAUUUCAUUGGCUCUGAGUAUUGUGACCAUACUGGGGGCAUGUUGGACUCUCUUGGGCAUGGUCCCCUCCCUUAGAUUCAGCCACUACAUAGACUCGUCACAUGAGGAAAUGAAACUGUCUAUGGAUCUGAUCUUCCUGGUUCACAGUAUUGUGGGAGCAAUUAUUUUCAUUGUAAUGUCAUGUCUGGCCGGGGCUGCCCUGCGUUCCACCAAGAGCCAGGCCAUUGUAGUGAUGACUACUAUACCGGCUGAAACACCAGUUGAAUAACAAGCACAAGAGGAAGGUCUAAAGUGUGAUAAAUUGAGCAGAGUGAAGAAAUAUAAAGCACACAAACAUAGCCAAACAUAGCAUAUAUAAUUUCUAACUACUGACCACUGGUAACUAUCAUUUUUUGAUGUUGUAUAUCAAUUUACUACAGAUAAUAUGAAUAUAACUAUA